GCAUGCUCACAUGCGUGUCCGUCUUCCUCAGCAAAAUCCAAUUCUCAGUGAAGUCUGUGUUUCCCUCCUCUCCAUAGCGUAUCUUGCGUCAUUAUUCAUCAGUCUUAUAACUUCUUUCAAUUCCCCUCUCUGUGCUUAUUCUCUAUAGUCCAAGGUCCCAACUAUCUUACGGAUGGAUCCUCUCACCGCUCUCCGUGAGUUUACCAUUCGCGGCGAAGUGGACAAGAUCGUCCGAGUUAACGACGAGUUCCGUUUCGGCAACGACUACAGCUUCCCUUGUGCGAUAAAGACUGCUUAUCGCUCCAAGCAGGGGAAUCUCUACACCCUCGAAACCCUCGUUUACUACAUCCAGAACGCCAAUCUCAAGUUCACUGAUUACCUCCAGAAUGCUCGCGCCCUCGGCCUCCCCGCCAUUACUUUUAUCGACCGUAAGCCUCUCCUCGAUUACCUUACCGGAAAGCUCUCUUCCACCGACUCCAUCGUUUUCCCUCUCCCCCAGCAGCAGCAGCAGCUUCAACAGCCCCAGCAAAACCCUAAUGCUGAUCUCGCCCAUGAGUACCGCCCCGACGAUCCCGCUAUCCUCGAUUCCAAUGAUGCUGAUGCAGCAGGAGCUGACAAUGGUAAAGAGGAGGAUCCUGUGACUAUGAUAUACGCCAUGGAGAGGCCUCUCAAGGAUAGGGAGUCUUUGUUGGAGUGCAAGAAUAGAGAUUUUUAUAGCGUGCUGGUGGCUUCUACCCGCCGGGAAGAGGAGAGGCAGAGAAUUGAAUCUCAGCAAAGGAAAGAUGGGUUGGUGGCUAAGAGUAGAUUGAUGGGGGCUGACGAUAGAGGAAUUGGGUAUGGUGAUGAACUGAGUUAUGAUGCGACGCCCAAGCCCAAAAUGCAUUUGAAAGGAGGCAAAUUUGGGGAGGGAGUGCCCAUAAUUUUAGUUCCCAGCGCUUUUCAGACUUUGAUUACUAUUUAUAAUGUUAAGGAGUUCUUGGAGGAUGGAAUUUAUAUACCCACGGAUGUCAAGGUGAAGCAAAUGAAAGGGGCGAAGCCAGACUGUGUAACGGUACAGAAGAAGUUUAGUACUGAUAGAAAUAGGGUGAUGACUGCGUAUGAGGUCAGGGACAAGCCGUCUGCACUGAAGGCUGAGGAUUGGGAUCGGGUUGUGGCUGUCUUCGUGUUGGGAAAAGAGUGGCAGUUCAAGGAUUGGCCGUUUAAGGAUCAUGUGGAGAUAUUUAAUAAAAUAAUUGGAUUUUUCAUGCGGUUUGAAGAUGACAGUGUAGAAUCAGCCAAGACUGUGAAGCAAUGGAAUGUAAAGAUUAUCUCGAUUAGCAAGAACAAGAGACACCAGGAUAGGGCAGCAGCAUUGGAGGUGUGGGACAGACUAGAAGAGUUUGUGCGCUCACGGUCACAUUCAUGAAUUAUGAAAAUGGAAACUGUAUCAUGACAAUUUUGAGCUGUAAUUGGAUGGACAUUGUUGAGGAGUAAUGGGAAUGCCUUGUUCUGUAUCUAUGGAGAUGUCUAUGGUCACCCCAUUGCUCGUCUUUUGGUGGAUUUAAAUGCCAAUGGCGUGUUGCAGCUGAUACUCUGCUUCCUACGGAACUGACUUGUGUUUAGACCACAGAAUUUGCAGAAUAAGGUCUGUUUUGACGAUAAUUUGCUUCCAUGUAUGUUUUUGCGUUUAAUGGUCGAAAUUUAUGGUAGGAGAUGGAGAAUAUCUUUAAAGAUGUACAAAAUUUUGGUUUCUUGGUAGUUGCCAACUAAAUGCCAUCACGGCAAUUUUUGUUUAUUCAUUUUGGUACCUUUUUUCCCCCCAUCUUUCAUCUGUAAUGUAUUUCUAUUAUUCCUUGAUGUGUCUUGAGCAUUUGGCUGUGGUAUGCAUACACUAAAUAUUUUUAUUGCAAAGGGAAGAGAGCAAGAAGUCUCUUCAGUAAUACAAAACUACACCAACCUCAGAGGAGAUUAUGAAAAAUAAAUAAUAGAUACACCCCAUCCAAAGGGAAAUAAAUAAACUAUACUUAAAAUAAUAGCUGGGAGUAUCAAGAUGCGGCAAUAGUAAAAGGUGGACAAGCUGAUCAGAGAAUCAGUAUGUCAUGAAGGCUGAAACAUAUGAGGCUGCAAAGAGAAGGAAUGAUAGCAGUGUGAUUGACAUUUUGAUGAGGCUUCCAUUUGAGGUUCCAGGGCCAUCUACUUCUGUUGAUGGUACAGUUUUAGAUCCAGUUCCUACAGCAACAAAAUAAACAAGUUAGACGAGAACAAAGAGAAGAAUUUGUGCAAGGCUCCUUAUCGUUUAAGAAUUGUGCUGUACCUGAAGGUGUACUUGGAACUUCUGGCGUUCCUGCUGGAGAUGCGGCUGGAGGAGAAGCUGUCCAGAUACAGCGGCUGAUGGGAGGAGUCUGAACAUUGCAAGCACCAGGUAAGGCUAGGGCCUGGGUCUGAUUGAUGUUUAUCCCGAGUGAUGAGCCACCACCACUUAGAACCUCACACAAGCACUGGGGGGAAGAGCGAACUACACUAGAAAGCUGUGUGCAGCACUGCGAAGAUGGAGUUGAAGAAUUGCCUGUGAUGUAGUUCAGGCAUGGUGACAUGCUUAUUAAGACGUUUGUACAACUAGAUUGAGCCAUGGCUCCUGCCCAUAGCAUGCUCAUUAAGAUCAGAGCAAAAUUCAACGCCAUCUCUCUGCGUGCCAUUGGGUCGUUAGAAAUGCCUGAUGAAGGUGACCAACUAUUCCUAAUCUCUUAACGGCUUCGUGUUAAACUGCAGAAGGUGUUCAAACCUGGAGACUUGCAAUACGUGGCUUGCCUGGGAAGGCGAUGAAGGUCGGUUGUGUGGGCGACCAACUUGUGGGCCUUAGGUACAGGGUAAUAUAAGGGUUCAAACUGGAAGAAUUCUGGAAAUUCCGAUUCCAUCAGGAGAAGCAUAACGUAUUUCUGACUCCACCUUUACUUGAAUUUGCCUUUGUACCUAUCUCUUUUAGAAUCCGAGUGAAAUGGUUCAGAAAGCAGAAAAUUCUGGUGGAAGAAGAUUAAAGGAGUUGCUGCCUUUGACAGUGUCCUGUUGCUUCAAACCUAAGAAAAAUUUAACCACGGUAUUUGUCCGCAAGGAAUAGGGUCAAACUUGUCUCAUAAGUAUGGGUGAGCUAUUCUUGUUUUCCGGGUGAGACGAUGACCAAUUCUGGACACUCGAGUACCCAGAAUUUAUGACCGCAUAGGCAUAGGAAACGGUUGUAAUGGUGGUAUCGAGCAAGGCAUAGAAAACUCGCAUUCACUUAAUUUAGCCAUGAAUAUGAGGAGACAUUGUAACGAUGUAAAGUUCAAAUACAUCAGUGAAAUAUAUCAGAUUCACAUCGUUAUUUGGAA